UGCCCGGACGGAUCAGAUGAAGAUACCUGUCAGACCAUGACCUGCUCUCCUAGCCAGUUCAGCUGUGGUCCUGGUAUGAACUGUAUUCCCCUGACAUGGACGUGUGAUCGUGAUGUAGAUUGCCCAUCUGGAGCUGAUGAGCACAAUUGCGAUGCAGUGACCUGUGCGUCUUACCAGUUCACCUGCAACAACGAGAAGUGCGUUGCAUCUCGUUUGGUCUGCGAUGGAGACAACGAUUGUGGGGAUGGUUCGGAUGAGAUCAACUGCCCCAGUCUAACAUGCUCACCAGACGAGUUUGAGUGCACAGGCACCAACGCAACCACCUGCAUCCCCUACAAAUGGAAGUGUGAUGGGGAAAUUGAUUGCCGCGAUGGAUCUGACGAGUCAAGCACCCACUGCUCAGGUCCUACUGCCCAGGACCAAAAUCCAGUUGAAACCAAUUGGAGCAAAACCGACAUUUCCAAUGUACCAGUGGCGAGUGUGUCCAUAAUUCAUGGAAGUGUGAUGGAGAGAGGGAAUGUUUCGAUGGAUCAGAUGAAGAUUCUUGUCGUACGUGGUUUAAACAGUUUAGAUAAUGGAUUGUACAUUAUUAAGAAAAACUGCAGAUUUUUUUGUAUCAAUUUCUCAAUGAAAGAUGUUCUUGUUUACUAUUUGCCCCUUCUGUUCAUCUUAAUAGAUGCAGUGGCGUGUGCGUCAAACCAGUUCACAUGCAAAAACAUGAAUUGCGUUAAAACUAUUUGGGUCUGCGAUGGAGACAACGAUUGUGGGGAUGGUUCAGAUGAGAUCAACUGCCCCAGUCUAACAUGUGCCCCAGACGAGUUUGAGUGCACAGGCACCAACGAAACCACCUGCAUCCCCAACAGAUGGAAGUGUGAUGGGGACAUUAAUUGCCGCGAUGGAUCUGACGAGUCAAGCACCCACUGCUCAGGGCAUACUGUGCAAUGUUCUGCAGGACAUUUCCAAUGUACCAGCGGCGAGUGUGUCCAUAAUUCAUGGAAGUGUGAUGGAGAGAGGGACUGUUUUGAUGGAUCAGAUGAAGAUUCUUGUCCACUUGUUACACCGAGCCCCUGUGCUGCUGUUGAAUUCCAAUGUGACAACGGUGUUUGUAUUCCAGGAGAUGUGGAAUGUGAUGGUACCCAGCAGUGUGCUGACGGUAGUGACGAAGCAAACUGUAAUGCGCCUGCAGAGUGUAAUCCAACCACUCACUUCAGGUGUUCCAACUCUACCUGUCUGCCGAUGGUACGUGUGUGUAACGGCAUCCCUGAAUGCCCAAACAACGAGGAUGAACCAGGACAAGAAAUAUGUGGCAAGUAUUUUUGGAGAAAUGCAGUUGGUGCUGGUGUUGGUAGUACACAUAUACCAAGGAUAGGUGGGUUUACAGUGACAUCACAUAGUGGAGCGUUUAACGUGGAGGUCAACUUCCAGGUGUGGGGAGGAGGUGGAGAGCUGAUAAGCUCUUCAAGAGGAGGGAGUUGGUAUUGCGUGAGCUUGUCAUCUAAACUCUUGAUGGUAGGGCAGGAUGGCAUCUGGCACAAAGCAUUCACAAGAAGAAGAAAUGAAUGCCUGACAAACAACGGUGGCUGCAGCCAUACGUGUCUCUACCUUGCCAUCGGUCAUGUGUGUACCUGUAAUGCAAGCUACGCACUUGUAAAUGAGACACAGUGUGUGGACAUCAACGAAUGCAAGACCACACUAGGUAUCUGCAGUCAACGGUGCUACAACCUUCCAGGAUCCUACAAGUGUGACUGUGAUGAGAACUAUACCCUGGAGCACGUCAACGGCCGUGGGCACUGCAAGGCCAACCCGGAGUUUGGUGCCCCAAAGCUUCUCAUCUCCAACCGACUUGACAUCCGCAUCUUUGACCUUAGUACAUCUUCUGAAGAUUACAUCAAGAGGUCCCUCCACAGUGCGAUGGCUGUUGAAUUUGAUUCAGCGUCAAAUACCGUUUUCUGGACGGAUGUCGGACUGGAAGUAGUGGCCAAAACCCAACUGCAAGCAGAGAAUGAGGUAGAACCUGUGAUUGUGACUGACAAAGUGAAGAUUCCUGAUGGCAUUGCUGUGGACUGGAUCAACAGGCUCCUAUACUGGACCGACACUGGUGUCGACAACAUCGUUGUGUCCAACUUUGAAGGCACCCGGCACACCGUUCUGAUCUCCAGCAACCUUGACGAGCCCCUAGCCAUCGCUGUGGACCCAGAGUCUGGUCUCAUGUUCUGGAGCGACUGGGGAUUAGAGGUGAUCGAGCGUGCUGGCAUGAACGGACAAGGACGCACCGCCAUUGUGACCGAGGGCGUGUCUUGGCCCAACGGAUUGACACUGGACUACACUCUUGAUAUUCUCUACUGGAUCGACGCCAAGGAAAAAAGCAUCAGCUCGGUAAAUUUCAUGGGUGGAAACCGGCGAGUGGUAGUGGCUGGACAGGGUCGUAUCUGGCAUCCAUUCAGCAUUGCUGUCUUUGAAGAUUACAUCUAUUGGACAGACUGGACCAAGAAGAGCAUCGAACGGGCUGACAAGUUCACUGGCUCUAACCAGACAACUAUCCUCUCUGGAGUAUCAGAUGUCAUGGAUGUCAUCGUUGUUCAUCCGCUCAGACAGGCUCCUCCUGCAGGGGAAGUGUCAUGUGCCACAGACAACGGAAUGUGUUCCUGCCUUUGCGUGGCUUCACCUCAGGUUAAUGGUUCUGCUGACUACUCCUGUCUCUGCCCUGUUAAUGUAUCGCUCACCGCUGACGGACACACCUGUGAAGGAGAUGAGCCAACCCCAAGUGUCCCUCAACCUUCUGUGCCUUCCACAGCCCUUCCACCCACCACCACCCUACCUCCAGUCAAACCCACUAAGCCUACCAUGGCUACUACACCAAAGAUAGUCGAGGAGACACCGACGAUUGUCGCGCCAUUCACCACAGGAGGAGGAAGUAAUACAUCUAGCCCAUUGGCCAAUACCCACAUGAUAGUAUAUGUUGUCAUCGGUAUCAUCAGUAUACUACUUCUCUUCUUUGUACUCUACAAAAUACACUCCAUCCGCAAGAAGAGAACAAUGAACUCCGACAGCACGGUAUACAGAAAGACGACUGAAGAAACCUUCUCAUUAGACCCCGAGACAAAAAUUCACAUUGCUGGCAAACCUGGCAAGAACGAAAAUGCCCAUGUUAGGGUGAGUUUCCUUUCUUUAUUUCCUGCCAUUCAUAAUUCAAGAAAAUACAUUCAUUGCCGAAUAUUUUCUAAGAAUGCAGUAGAACCUGUGAUUGUGACUGACAAAGUGAAGAUUCCUGAUGGCAUUGCUGUGGACUGGAUCAACAGGCUCCUAUACUGGACCGACACUGGUGUCGACAACAUCGUUGUGUCCAAUUUUGAAGGCACCCGGCACACCGUUCUGAUCUCCAGCAACCUUGACGAGCCCCGAGCAAUCGCUGUGGACCCAGAGUCUGGUCUCAUGUUUUGGAGUGACUGGGGAUUAGGGGUGAUCGAGCGUGCUGGCAUGAACGGACAAGGACGCACCGCCAUUGUGACCGAGGGCGUGUCUUGGCCCAACGGAUUGACCCUGGACUACACUCUUGAUAUGCUCUACUGGACCGACGCCAAGGAAAGCAGCAUCAGUUGCGUGGAUUUCAUGGGUGGAAACCGGCGAGUGGUAGUGGCUGGACAGGAUCGUAUCUCCCAUCCAUUCAGCAUUGCUGUCUUUGAAGAUUACAUCUACUGGACGGACUGGACCAAGGAGAGCAUCGAACGGGCUGACAAGUUCACUGGCUCUAACCAGACAACUAUCCUCUCUGGAGUAUCAGAUGCCAUGGAUGUCAUCGUUGUUAAUCCUCUCAGACAGGCUCCUCCUGCAGGGGAAGUGCCAUGUGCCCAAGACAACGGAAUGUGUUCCUACCUGUGCGUGGCUUGCCCUCGGGUUAAUGGUCCGGCUGACUACUCAUGUCUCUGCCCUGUUAAUGUAUCGCUCACCGCUGACGGACACACAUGUGAAGGGGAUGAGCCAACCCCAAGUGUCCCUCAACCUUCUGUGCCUUCCACAGCCCUUCCACCCACCACCACCACCCUACCUCCUGUCAGACCCUCUAAGCUGACCAUGGCUACUACACCAAAGAUAGUCGAGGAGACACCGACGAUUGUCGCGCUAUUCACCGCAGGCGGAGGAAAUGUGGUUACAUCUAGCUUAUUGGCCAACACCCACACGAUAGUAGCUGUUGUCAUCGGUAUCAUCCUGGUACUACUUCUCGUCGUCCUCCUUAUCUUCUUUGUGCUCUACAAAGCUUCGUUCGCCUUAAGAAGAAUUGGUGGUAUUCGCCGUCUCCUUAACCAGAAGACAACAGAAAUACUGAUCCAUGCGUUUGUCACAUCACUGCUGGACAACUGUAACAGUCUUCUCUUCGGCGUGCCGGACAAAGACAUUUCCAAACUCCAACGAAUUCAGAACUCUGCCGCCCGUCUUGUAUCUAUGUCAAACAAUGGCAUCAACUCAUCGUCUGAGCUAACAAGUGAAAAUGGUGCAAUCCUCUCGGAUUUAUCAUGCUGUUUGUCUCCCUCUCUUGACGACCUACCAGAUGAAUUAUUGGUGAAGAUCAUCGGUUUCAUACACCCUCUCAGCAAGACGUUUGCUCAUCUGCGAGGAACGUCAAACAGAUUGAAUGACGUCAUUCAAACGUCAUGCUUGUUUAAGACGACAUCGAUCGACCUCUCACGUAACCGUCCCUUCGACUUCGACGUCCUCUCAUCGACCACGGCCCGCUCAACCACCUCCCUCACCACACUCAACCUCUCACACUCCGAUGACGUCAGUGAUUACGUCAUAUAUCAAUUGGCCAGAACGUGUGGUCAGUUGAGGACAUUGGAUGUAUCUUACUGUCCAUUGCUGACCAACUGUGGUCUGCGUGUGCUAGCUAACCUGGUCAAACUGGUCAGAGUGGACAUAAGUGGAUGUCCAAACAUCACCUGUCGAGGGGUAUACAUGCUCGUCAAGUGGAGCGCAGAUAGCCUGGAGGAGCUGAUCAUGAACUCGUGCCUUGGUCUUCGUAAUGACCCACACAAACUGCUUCAUAUAUCCACACAUGGGAGCAGACUGAAACGACUUGAGAUGGCAUGGCACCAGAGACUCGUUAAGAUUAACCCCCUCACUGUCAUUGAUCUAGACAGAUUAACAGAGCAUUUGAAUGAUCUCCUUCACUUGGACAUCAGUCAUAGUGGAUGCAGUGAUGAGGAUAUGGAAGCCAUCAUGAUGAACUGUACGAAGCUUGUUACACUCAAGGCUCGAAACUGCUGCAUUCAUGACAUUGGGUUGAAACGCAUCGGUGAAUGGCUACCAAGCCUGACUCAUCUCGACAUCGCUGACUGCCACGACAUCACCGACAGAGGACUGGAAUUCAUCGGACGUGGUUGCUCACUCCUCGAACACGUCGACGUGUCACGGUGUUUCGACAUCAUUGGUCCUGGCGUCGACAUUUUAGCGAGUGCUUGCCUUCAUCUUCACACGGUGAUCGCCCGGGAAUGUUUUGACAUGACGUCGGCUACGAUCACCUACAUCUCACUCCACUGCAAACACGUCCGACAUCUCGACGUCGCCUUCAACCUCUGCGUCACUGAUGAAACGAUGUCAGGAAUCGCGGAUGACCGUGGUCCCGAUGAGCCUUUGGUUGUCGUCACAGAAGGAUGUCCUAAUGUUCGUGGUCGUCACAGAGGAAAAGGUCUGGAACCCGGUGAUCAACAUCGCUUUCGAUUUGUCGAUUGGAAGGGAAAGGACAAUGAUGAUUUCGUCAUCUGGGAGACAUCUGUUUGACCCUUGACCCAAA